AUGAGAUCACAAGCACCCUCUCCAAAGCCCGUGCAUAGACCUCCAAGAAGCACAUCUUCAUCAUACCAUGACCAAGGUAUUGGAUCUGAUGAUGUGCCAUCACCGGCAUCAGACACUCGCAUGCCAAGUUUGGACUUGGGCGAUUUGACGAAAUACAGUCGCUUCAACGACCGGCUGUCCGGUCUGAGAUCUUCGUCAAGCUCUUCUGUUGCUGCGAGAGGUAUGGGUCAAGGAAGCACCCACGGGACCGGAAUCGAUGAGGUACCUGCUUUCGGGCACCUGCAACGACAACCCAUCCAGUCCUACCACUCCUUUGAGAUUGUAUCAAGUUCCGAAGACCUACAGUCAAAUGUGACACCUGCUCAGAAGACUAUGGCGAGACAGCCUUCAUUGGAUGACACUACCGGGUUUGAAAGGAUUUACCCCUUGACACGGGUGAAGGCCCGAGUCCAAGCCCAGAUUGAUAAUCCAACAGAAAACAGGCAUUUAGAAAGUCCUAGCCCGUCAAUCAAACCGCCACAGGUGGAAAGAAGAAGCAAGAGAAAAUCUUCUGUCAUGUCUCUCCGAAGCUUGACAGAGGGAGUGAAACGGUCUCGAGCUGGAGUUGAGAAAUUGGCACACAAGUUUUGUUAUAACAGCUGUAGUAAACUUCGCCAUGCCUAUCAGAGUGUUGGGCGUCAACAAAGAGAGCAGAGAAAACACUACUCGGCCUGGAAGACAUUGCGCCGAAAAAUUAGACCUGAGGAUGCCAGCAAGCUCAAUCAUGAGAAAGAAUCUGCGUCUUUCUCGAUCGAGCAAGGCGGACGUGGGAUAGACUCUUGGUGGAAAGCCGGCGUAGGAAAGUACCACGCCCCUAAGUGGAUGCGCUUUGGAAAAUAG